UGAAAAAUAUGUGCGACUUUUCAACUCAAUGUACGCGGUUGAGCAUUUUUUAUCACAUGCUGAUGAUAUGCACAAUUUGGUAUAAGUAGUAACCCUUGUAACAAAUCCCAAAUCUACAAUUUCAUCAUAUUCCGUUUUGGUUUGUAGAUUUGUAUUCUCAAAUUAAAGUAAUCUUCGAUCCCAAAUAUACUGUGCGCAUAAAGUCAGCGGUUAUCUUGCUAUUCAAUCAACUCAAAAUUUGCACUACAAUGUCGCUCUCCGGCAUCCAAGGUCAACUUCUCGAGGUCACAGUUGUUGGAUGCAACAAAUUGAAAGACACCGAAUGGAUUUCCAGGCAAGAUCCCUACGUUUUUCUCGAGUAUGGAAGCAGCAAAUUUCGCACCCGAACUUGCACAGAUGGAGGGAAGAAUCCUACCUUUCAGGAAAAAUUUGUGUUCACUCUGAUAGAAGGGUUGCGGGAGUUGAGCGUCGUAGUCUGGAACAGCAAUACUCUCACUUUCGACGAUUUCAUCGGCACUGGAAAGGUUCCACUGCAGAAAGUUUUGUCUGAGGGUUUUGAUGAUACCGCAUGGCCUCUCCAGGACAAAAAAGGGAGGCAUGCUGGAGAAGUUCGAUUGAUAAUGCACUUUUCUAAUGCCAAAAAGACAGCGAAAAGCCCCGCUCCAUCCGCUCCAUCGUAUUCAAAUGCACCUCCAUAUUCAGCACCUCCACCAGUAGCAUCUUUUCCCCAGGCACGCUAUCCUCCAUCGGGCUAUCCUCCAGCACCUCAGUAUGCUUCCUACCCUCCAAAUUCUGCGGCAUAUCCACCUAUGCAAUAUCAACAACCGCCAGCUGCCACUUAUCCUCCAACUUACCCUCCGACUUCAUCAUAUCCGCCACAGUCGGCCUAUCCCCCUCCGACUUCAUCAUAUCCGCCACAGUCGGCCUAUCCCCCUCCUCCGCAGGACCCACAUAACUACCCUCCAGGUCCAUAUCCUCCAGCUCCAUAUCUAUAUCCCCGACCACCAUAUUGAGGUGUAUUGCCCUCGACAAAGUUAACGAAGAAAACAAACCAGCCUAUAGCUGUCUGGUAGUCCAGCAUCCUGAAGUGUAUAUACUUGGUAUCUACAUUGUCAUUCCUAGCUUCCAUCGUGUUCCUGAAACAUUUUCGCUUGCUAUGUCGCCUGUACUGUGUAUGUUAUAUUGCAUUUGCAUCCUGCACGUUAUUGGAAACUACUUCGUGAGGUAGUAGUGAAAAAUUCCCUCAAAUAUUACUGUAGUUUUUUUGUAUGGCAAUUAUCAUUUUUUCUCA